AGAAAAAAUACUGUCAACAUAAUGUUGUGUGACAACUUCUUAUUUGCUCUAUGAUACAAUAGAAUUACUUAGCUUGGAAGGGACCUCUGUAGAUCACUGGCUCAACUCCCUGCUUAAACCAGUGCUGCCAUCAAAGUUAGAGCAGGUUGCUUCAGGCCUUGUUGGAUUAAGCUUUCUCUCGUAGGAUUUGAAAUGGAGUUGAAAGCCGGGUGUGAAAUUUAGCAAAAUUUGGAACAAAGUGUCCCAAGUUUUAGAAAGUUGGGGAGUUCUAAGCAGGGUGAAUGAAGCAUGACUCUUAGUUAAGUGGAAGAUGUGUUUUCUCUCCACCUUUGUGGUGAUGAUUCUCCAAUGAUGAAUUGGUCCUCCAAUUGUGCAAAGGUCUUCACUGUACACCAUAUAGAGAUUUUUGGAAGAUAGGAAAUAAGCAGAAAAGUAUAUUGCCGUGCAGCACAGUUCUCUUAGUAGAUAUAAAACUGAAAUAUUUUUAAAGUAACAUUUCUCUGUACAAAACUAAACGGACUGAUAAACCACUUUAAAUAAGUCACUAUGCAGGUAAGAUACAGACUUUGAAAUGUGAAGACGAAAUCGAUUCCUGCAUUCACAGAGCUGCAGUGUAAUCAGCUUUAUUUCUACAUCCUUAACAGCAUGAAGGUCUUCUGGGAAAAACCCAACUCUUGGGCCUUACUUGACCACUAGAUGAGUUAAAAGUAUUCACUCAGUGAGUCAAGUUUGAUGGAAUGAAGGAAGCUGAUGUCAGCCUUUAUGUGUAUUAAUCUGUUCACAGUGUUUCACGGUAUAUUCUGUGAAGUCAAGUCUUUGAAGAAGUUGUAGUGCUGUUAUUUGCACUGCUCAGUGUCUGCAGGUCCUGGAUUCUGUCAGGACAGCAAAACAGCUCCACGAAAAGAAGCACCUUCAGAACAAAGAUGAAUAUCGGGAAAGCUUACGGUGCUGCUAAUAUCAGCAAUGGAACAGAUCUAGCUAUUGGUUUUACCUCUUCCACAGUAGCUGUCCUUCUAUUUGGGACAAACUUUGUGCCUGUCAAGAAAUUUGAUACUGGUGAUGGCAUGUUCUUCCAGUGGAUUCUCUGUGCCUCCAUAUGGAUAGUUUCUUUGGUAGUCAAUUUGAUCCAGAAUUGCCCCCGGUUUUGGCCUCUGGCUAUGGUUGGAGGUUUUGUGUGGGCUACAGGCAAUGUUACAGUUGUCCCUAUUGUUAAAACUAUUGGCUUAGCUCUUGGCCUUUUGAUAUGGGCUUCUUUUAAUUUGCUGACAGGUUGGGCAAGUUCAAGGUUUGGUUGGUUUGGAAUUGACCCGGAAGAAGUGUCAAGACCAAUCUUAAAUUAUAUUGGAGCUGGACUUUCACUUAUAAGUGCUGUCAUAUUUCUUUUUAUAAAAACUGAAGUCCAGAGUUCUUCAGCUUCAUUAGAAAGUACACCUUUACUGAGAGAAAGUUCUAUUAAUGUUUCUGAAGAGACCACUGAGGACUCAUGGGAGAACAAACUUUCUCCAGCAAAAAGGAGACUCGUAGGCUGUAGCCUGGCUGUAGUAGCUGGAAUACUCUAUGGUUCCAGUUUUGUACCAGUACUUUACAUCAAGGACCAUGGAAGAAGAAAUGAAACUGUAUACGCAGGAGCAAGUCAGUUUGAUUUAGAUUAUGUUUUUGCACACUUCAGUGGAAUAUUUCUUACAAGUACCAUCUACUUUUUGAUCUACUGUGCAGUCAGGAAAAAUAAGCCUUAUGUUUAUCCCCAGGCCAUAUUACCAGGGUUUGUUUCUGGUGUGCUUUGGGCAAUAGCCAAUUGCUGCUGGUUCCUGGCCAAUCACUAUCUCAGUGCUGUCGUCAGCUUUCCAAUAAUUACUGCAGGUCCUGGCCUUGUUGCUGCAAUGUGGGGAGUCCUUGUAUUUAAGGAAAUCAAGGGAUUGAAAAACUACAUGUUACUGUCAGUAUCGUUUUGCAUCAUUUUGGCUGGAUCACUUUCCACAGCUUUUUCUAAAGUUUGAAAGGUCCUUCUGGACCAGUAGAUGGUGCUAACGUUUAACUCAAGUAGAAAGACAGUGUUGGUAGAUCACAAUACAUAAUCAUUUUCAAAAUGUGUGUCCAACAUUUACCCUAACUUGCUUCAGCCAAGUGUAAAAUGAAAACAUUUGGCAUGAAAGAAAAUCUGGAAAUAUUUGUGUCUGUUUUUCUUGGAAUAGUAAGAAAAUCAAAGGACUAUUAAUCAAAGCUAAAUCAUUUUAUUGUUACUAAUGAUUAGUUUUUUUCAUUCAGGUGCUAAACUUCAUGUUAUCAUAAAUUGCAGUUUACUAUUGCAAUGGUGGGUAGUGAUUUUGGUUUUAGUCUAUAAUACUGUAUGCAUUUGCAAGCUGAUUUGUUUAUUAAAAUAUUUUCUUACUGACUUAAAUAUAUGUCUUGAAAUAUUCCUUAUGAAACUGAUACACAUGAAGAAAACAAAGCUUUUCUUUUAUUUAGAAGCAUUAUUCUUGAAAAUCAUUAUUUUACAUAUAAAUGUUAUCUUCCAGUCACUUCGGACUUGUGAAGGGAAUAGAGUAAAAAGGGUGGAAAAUAAAUUACUUUUGUUUCACAACGUUUUCCAUAACCACCACUAACAGGGACUGUUUAUUUUCUUACUUCUGGCAGCUAAUGUAUGCAAAGCAUGUUGUCUGAAUCUUCCCUUAGUCUUUUCUUCAGUACAUUAGACAACCCCAGCUCCUUCAGUCUUCCCUUGUAAUUUCCGUUUGUCUUUCCUAGUAAUAGAAUAGUUGGGCUGGAAGGGACCUUAAAGAUCAUCUAGGUCCAGCCCCUCUGCCAAGGACAGGGAUGAAAUUCACUGGACCAGGUUGCUGAGAGCCCCAUUCAACCAGACCUUGAACAUUUGCAGAGAUGAUGCAGCAGCUGCUUCUCUGGACAGCCUAUUCCAGUCUUUCACCAUCAUCUGAGUAAAGAAUUUCAUGCUAACAUCUAAUCUAAACCCAACCUUUUUCAGUAUAAAACCAUUGCCACUUGCUCUGUCACUGUCUGCCUGUACAAAAAGUCUCUCUCCCUCCUUUUUAUAUACCACCUUAAGCUUCUGGAAGGCUGCAAUGAGGUUUCAUUGAAGCCUUUUUCAUGCUGGUAUCUCACUAAGUGGACUAGGUCUGUGCAGAAUACCAAAACAUGGCAGUCAGGCUACAGUCUCAAAAACCAAGAGCAGCAGUAAGAUUAUGGGUGGUUUUCCCCAUCCAGUUUGCAAGCUCUGUUGAUAGUUACACAUCACAGCUUUUUGCCAUCGUGGCUUGAUAUUGUUAAACAUGUUCAGACUGCAAUCAUAAUUUCUCCUUUCUCCCUUCCACCUUUGUCUGUCCUGCACCAGAUUUGAUCUUAGAACUGCUACUCAACCUGCUUUUUCCCAUCUUGUGUUGUUUAUUCCUACCUGGGUGUCAAAACCAGGUGUAUGACAGGCUUUUUCCCCUCGAAGGCAUUUCUCUAAUUUUAGUCUCUAUGUUAACCUUGUCCUUCAACAAGGCAGCAGCAUUUUUCAGCCAAAUGUCAUGUGCAAAUUUAAUAACUGUACUUUCUAAUUUCUAUAAAUAAUUAAUGAAAAUGCUGCAUGAUACUGACCUUUACUUACCUUUUGGUAUCUAUCUAUCAUUUUACUUUUCAGGGAACAAUUGAUUAACCUUUGAGUACAAUUUUCCUAUGUCUUGCACUGCUUUUUGUUUAGACUGCAUUCGUGAGGCUUUUACAUUACGUCUGAUAGAACUGUUCAAGUCAAGGUACAUGGUGUGUUCUACCCUAAUACCUGACAUUGAACAGAAGACUGGUCAUUUUUUCUUGACCCAGGUCAAGCACAAUUUCUCCUUGACAGAUGCUUGACUGUUACUUACCUAGCCAUUAUUCUAUUGACUCAGACAAGGAAAAGUAAUACAUUCAGGUAAAAAAAAAAAAAA